AUGGCAACCAGAUCGAAGAGUUUUCAGUUGAUCACAGGCACAAAGAACCACCUCCUCAACGCCGUUUUCCCACGCGCUUCCUCACGCGCCACCGUUUCCGCCGCUGCUCCGUUCACUUCACGUAGGAGUGGUCAUUCCUCGGCCUAUGACAAGAACGUGGAGGAUGAAUUGCAGGCAAGUGCAGUACCUGAUGAAAUCAUAAAGCCAGAUUCUGAUAAAUAUUGGUCGCCUCAUCCUCAAACCGGAGUUUUCGGUCCCUCGACGACCGAUCACAGUCCCGCUGCAGACGCUGCACGCCAGGACUCGGCGGUACUGGAGGAGACUGCUUGGUUUCGUCCGAUAAGUCUCGAGGACUCGGACAAGACUCACCAUGUCUAA